AUGUCGAUAUCCCGAUCUCCAGCCAAGGAAUAUAGCUCAAUGCCUAAGAGAGCCCAGAUGGACAUCCCGUUGGUUUUGGGUUUUUCAGAUGAGGACAAGGUUGAAACCAUACAGCCCCAUGAUGACACUCUUGUGGUCACGUUGAGAAUUGGCGGGUACGAUGUGAAAAGGGUGAUGAUUGACCAAGGCAGUGCUGCUGAUAUAAUGUACCCUGACUUAUAUAAGGGGCUAAAUUUGAAACCUGAGAACUUGGCGGCCUACAGUUCUCCUCUGAUGAGCUUUGAGGGAAGAAUGGUCGUCCCAAAGGGUCUGAUCAGAUUACCUGUGCAGACCAGUACGGAUGUGGUGGAGGUGGACCUCAUCGUCGUGGACAUUUUCUCUCUAUACACCACCAUUAUGGGCAGACCUUGGCUUCAUACACUUAGGGCUGUCUCCUCUACUCUACAUUAA